AUGCGAUCAGAAGGAAGGACCAACGCGCCGUUCAAACCCGACACAAACCCAGCAGACCCCGAAGCCGAAAUCCAAUCCACCCCCGAACCACCAUACAGUAUAUUCGACCGCAGGCAAAAAUGGCUUAUAGUGGUGAUAGCCUCGACAGCAGCAACAUUCUCGGGCUUCGCCUCAAAUAUCUAUUUCCCCGCUCUCCCAGCAAUCGCAAACGACCUAAACGUCUCGCUAGAGCUAGUCAGUCUAACGGUGACAUCCUAUCUAAUCUUCCAAGGCCUCGCACCCAGUCUCUGGGGUCCCGUAUCCGAUGUGCGAGGACGACGGAUCGCGUACGCAUGCACCUUCCUCGUUUUCAUUGGUGCUUGUAUCGGGCUCGCUCAGACGAAGAACUACGCUACCCUGAUCGUCUUGAGAUGUCUUCAAAGUACCGGGAGCGCCAGUACCAUCGCCAUUGGGUCUGGCGUUAUCGGCGAUAUCACGACUCGCGCUGAACGUGGGGGGUUCAUGGGGAUUUUCCAGGCUGGUCUCCUUGCGCCUGUCGCUGCUGGGCCAGUUAUUGGAGGUGCGUUGGCUGGAUCUUUGGGGUGGAGGUCGAUUUUCUGGUUCCUCAUGAUCUAUGCGGCUGUUUUUCUGGUUGUGUUGUUGUUUUUUUUGCCUGAGACGCUUCGGUCGCUCGUUGGUAAUGGCAGCGUGCUGUCUUCCAACCCGAUGGUACGGUUUCCGCUGCGGACGUAUCAAAAGCUUUCGAAGGUUGAGAGGUACUCUGGCCCUCCGCCGGAACUUCUGCCUAGGAAGAGUAUUGAUGUUUUUGGUCCUUUCCGCAUCCUCAUUAGCAACCAGGCUGCGCCUAUCAUUUUUUUCCUUGCGAUUUACUACGCCGUGUGGCAGAUGAGCAUCACGGCCAUGUCUUCUCUCUUCAAGGAUCGGUACGGGUUAUCCGAAAUCCAAAUCGGACUGACAUUCAUCGCCAACGGUAUCGGAUCCAUAAUCGGUACACUGAUCACGGGAAAGAUAUUGAACAUCGACUACAGACGCGUGAAGGCCAACUACGAGGCAAUGGUCGGCACGGACGUUGAAGCUGAUAACUCGGUAUCCCGAGUCAAGACCAACGAGGAGGUUUUCCCACUUGAGAAAGCACGACUCCGGCUUGUGCCUGUAUUUUCUCUGCUUCAGUGCUUGUCUCUUCUUCUCUUCGGCUGGACGAUCCAGUAUCCCCAUCGAGUCCAUAUUGCCGUUCCCAUUGUCUCGACCUUCAUCACGGGCUGGACUGCGGUUUCCAUGCAGUCUGUCAUUAUGACCUAUCUGGUGGAUAUCUUUCAUGAGAAGAGUGCUGGGGCGAGUGCUAGUCUUAACUUGGCUCGAUGCUUGUUCGCCGCUGGCGGGACGAGCUUCGUUAUGCCGUUGAUUAGUGCGGUUGGGGUUGGGCUUACGUUCACGAUCUGUGUUAUUGUGCAGGUUGUUGCGUUGAUUGGUCCUCUUGUUCAGUGGAGAUUUGCUGCUAAGUGGAGAAAAGGCACCGAGAAUCGUGACAUGCAGAAUCGGACCUGA